AUGGUACACAACGACAAAAAACUAGUGAUAAAUACUGACCAUGUUGGUGGUGACAGGGACAAAAGUGAUGAUGUUAGUGAAGAUGAGGAUAAUAUUGAUGGUAAUGAUCAGUGUGGUCAUGGUAAUAACGAUGAUGAUGAUGAUGAAACUAAAAAUGUUCCAGUGCUGACAGUUGGCACCAAGUUUCCCAGGCUGCAGGAUAAGUCCCUCAACAGAAAAAAAAUUAACACACUGGAGUUUAUCCUCCUAGCGGUGAUGUCCUUUGACCGCUACGUGGCCAUCUGUAACCCCCUGCGCUAUACCAUCAUCAUGAACAGCAACGUCUGUCUCCUACUGGUUCUGGGAUGCUGGGUAGGAGCCUUCUUCUCAGUGCUGUGCCCAAUUAUUGUGGUGUCCAGACUGCCCUACUGUUAUAAAGAAAUCAGUCAUUUUUUCUGUGACAUUGCCCCUCUGCUACAGGUGGCCUGCAUAGACACUCAUUUCAUUGAGAUGAUAAACUUCCUCUUAUCUUCCCUCGUCCUCCUGACCUCGCUGGUACUCACCAUUGUGUCUUACACCUACAUCAUUUCUACCAUUUUGCACACCCCCUCAGCCCAAGGACGUCAGAAGGCAUUUUCCACCUGUGCUUCUCACAUCACGGUCGUCUCCAUUGCCUAUGGGAGCAACAUCUUCAUGUAUGUGAGGCCCAGCCAGAGCCGUUCGCUGGAUUUUGACAAAGUGACUGCUGUCAUGACCGUAAUGGUGACCCCUCUUCUGAACCCUUUCAUUUACAGUCUGAGAAAUGAAAAGGUAAAAGAAGUUUUGAGAGAAGCAAUCAACAAAAUUAUAUCUUUAUUACACAAGAGAACCUGAACGUUCGUUUGCUAAGAAUGGCUUUUUUUUCAACUCUUGGACUCUAUGUGGAGAAAAGCAUGCUUGAAGACCAUAAAAUCACAGAUUUGUGGGAAGAUAUAAAAAGGUUUCAUGUCACAUCAGAUACAAAGUAUUGUAGUCAAGGUGCAGAGCAGACAAUUCGAGCAUAGAGAAAAUAAUAUGUUUGAGCCCUUUUUGGGCAAUUCAUGCACAGGAUAACAUAAAUUAAUGACAAAUACUUAUGUCAAAAA